AGUUUUUGUUACUAUUGUUGUUGCUGUUGUUAUUGCUGCUGCUGCUGCUGCUGCUGCUGGUCGUUUGGUGCUCAUCUCUGUCUCAUUCGACAACCAGUUAUCAGUGUCCUGACCUGAGUUGUCCGUCGAUCCAAAGAUUCGAUGCUCUAGCCCACAAUACCACCGCACAUACCGCUAUUUAAUAUGUGGGUCUCAGCCCCUUCCUUCGCAAAGACGCGUUUUCUAUGCAGGGUGUUGUGAAAAUGCCUAUGUAGAGUAGGAGAAAAGGGGAGGAAAAGGUACUAGCGAUGUUCAUAUGGUGCAUAAUAAGGUCAAUUUAUUAGAAGGUACAUUUUUGAAAUGACAAAGGGCUCUUCAUCUGAGUCGACCUAAUUGUAAUAGGCUUGCACAGGGAAGCAGCGGUCAGCCGAGUUAUGGAAUCUUGGAUCGUUGUGGUUCCCCUUGCGGACUAAAUUUUCGCGGUGUGAUAUAUAUACAUGUACCAAGACUUUUGAUCAGGGCGGAUGGUGGUGAUGGAUAGAAUGGGGAGGAGUCAGAGACACGCCGGACAAAGCGAAGGAUCCGCAUAGUUGGGUGGAUGGAUGGGCGUAAUUUUUUAUUUUAUUUUUUUGAUGUCGCGGGUAUACAUUCGGGACAAAAGAAAUAUCGCAUUGCAAUAUUGGGCGGGUUGCGCGGGCGUGACCAUAAAAAGAAAAAACAGCCCAGCUGGAAAUUGGGUGCUCUGUGCGAACCAAAAAUGGGAGACGGACAGGUUCAUGGGGACGGACGGAGAACAAAAAGGGCCAAUGGAGAGGCACAGUAAAGCAGGGCAAAGCACCUCAAUGCAAACGCAGUGAGGAGAAGGAAGAGAAGAUGGUGAUGGUGAUGGAUAUAGGUAUGGACACAAAUGAAUGGGGGGAGGGGGAGGUAGAAGAGUUACCGUUUGCACACCUAUCAAUUGGUUCAUUUGUGGGUUGCUGAGGACGAAGGUGCAAGGUGCAAAAGUUGAUUUACCAUCGUCAUCGUCAUACCGAAUGAACAAAACAAAAGAGCGCAUGGGGGAUGGAGAGGGAGCGAGAUAUGGCUAAUACGGCGGACAUACUCAAGUCUUCAAGAUGUUGCACCAUUGCCUUGGAAACAGAGAGAGAGAGAGAGAGAGAGAGAGAGUGGAGUGUCGGGGGAGGGGCAGGGGGACUAGAGCGGACCAUUGAAACGGUGGUCGGUGUAGAGGGACCACCUGUUCGUCUGCAUUUUGGAUUCGGUGGUCUGAUCCGCCCACGCACACGUUCUUGGUGCCAGCCUAGCGUGUGGACUAGUGCAUCGCUGCUUCGUGGUUUUCCGGAGAGUGAAACGGGUGAGACUAGGGAGGGGUUCCUCAGGGACGGACCAUUGCCGCCCUAUUUAUUACCCUGCCGUCCCCCGUGGCAACAAAAGGAGGUGACAAACCGACAAUCUGAUAGACUGGCUGACUACAGGCAUGGCAUGGCCAAGUGGUGUUGUCAGUUGACAGCAGGGCUGACAUCGACAGGGCCGGCAAGGAAGAACGCCAGCCCUGUAUGGGCUGGGCUGCAUAUGUGCUUUUGCUCCGCCGACGACAAGGACUAGGAAAUCCGAUAGUGAAAAGGGG